AUGGGAAAGGACGCGGGCUCAAUAUCCUUUUACUGUGGUGGCCGGACCGGUGUCGGAAAGAUCUUUACCAUUGAAGCAACUUCAAAGCGGCUUGAUCUUCUUCUCUAUUCUGCGGGUGAACUUGUUGUCGAUGGAGGUGAUUCUGGUGCGCUUGAGCAGCAGCUUGAGCGCAUAUUCAAGAUUGACAAACACUUCAACGCCGUUCUACUCUUAAACGAGGCAGAUGCGUUCUUGGAACAGUGUGCCUCUUACCAUGGCAUCCACAAACGCCUUGUGACUAUAUUCCUUCGAAAGCUGGAAUACUACUAG